AUGGAAGGCAUUACAAAGCAGCAGAAACAUGAAAAAAAUGAUGCAAUAGAGGGAACAGAUAUUCAAGAAAAAGUAGACGUUAAAGAGGAGAAAGAAAUGCUUAGACAACCAGAUGAUCUGCAUUGCAGUAGCGACUUCCGGAAUACCAGAGGUUACGACUGUCUUCAGGAAGACAUAGGCGAUCUAUAUAGUUCCUUGCAGACAUUAGUGGAUGGACCUGCCUUUGAUCGUCAUAUUCGAACUGAUCUGAACAAUGUGAACGACAUAAAUAAUCAGUUAGAACUGAGAAAGAAGGACCUUAUGAUGACAGAUUGUGCAAUUGUGGUUGCUGGGGAAACGAGUUCAGGGAAAUCAAGCAUUAUUAAUUUGAUAAUUGGUACGGAUAUUGUACCAACUGAUAUCAUGGCAACAACAACAAGAGUUUGUAGAAUAAGAUAUUCAGACAAAAAAAGAGUUUCAGCGCUUGAUAAGGACGGGAAAGAUGUAGUUCUGUCAGAGUUUAAUGAUGAAGAAAAACUGAUGGAGAUGAUGGAAGAUCUAGCUAGAACAGGUGACCAACACAUAGAAUUUAUUGAUGUUUGGUUUCCUGUGCCAAUAUUGAAGGGUAACAUUAUAAUAGUUGAUACACCAGGAAAAGGCGAUACAGGACAAGAUGAUGUGGCGAAUAAGAUGAUGGAGUACCUGCCAAAUGCUGUAGCUUUCAUUUUUGUUGUAAACGUUUCUACUGCAGGUGGAUUCCAGGAUGAUAGACUUCUUCAUAUCAUUAAAAGUGUAAGACAGUCGAUGAGUCAAAUGUAUUGUUUCAAUCCUGAGGAUGCCAUCUUCCUGCUCAACAAAUGGGAUGCAGUUCCCCAGAAAAAAAAUCGAAAGAGAGACCUGUAUGAGGAGUUAAAAGAAAAAGUUCACGAUAUAUGGGAAGACGUGAAGGAUAGUAACAUUCUAAAAUUCGCCUCAGCUAAGGUUCAUGAAGAGGAAGCCUACAAAGCAGAAUUUGAAAAAUUUCAAGAGAUAUUAAAAGAAGUGAUUACCACAAAUGCCUUCAAACGAGUAACAGUUCACUUGAGAUUUAUCAAAGCCUUUCUUGACGAUUGUGAAACAAGCCUAGCAAACAAGCUGAGAUGUGCAAGGCAAAGCACAGAAGAGACACUUAAGGAGUUGGAUCAAUUUAGUAGGGAUUUGCUAGAUAUCAAGAAUAAAAGACAGGAGGCAUAUUCCGGUCUCAAAAAAAAUAUUGACAAGUUUAUCAGUGAAACCGCAGAAGAUUUGCACACUUACAUACGAAGUCCAGAGUUCAGAACCAUUGUUCUCCAAGGGACUGAGAAAUACACACGACUUACAAUUGGACGAGAACUAGACUCUCGCAUAGAAAAAGCGACUCUUACCUGGCAAGAAGAAAAUGUUGGAAGGAUGUUUGAACUCAAGAUAUUACAAAACCUUACAGAUAAUUUUGUAAAACUUUACGAAUAUUUGCACAAAAUUAAAAGCAAAAUGAAAGGAUUUACCUCUCCCUUUGACGUCGAAGACAAACUUGGUCCAGUUCUUGUCUCAUUGAUUGCGCCUAGUAGUACAGCUGUAGCCGGUAGUAUGGCAAUGAUGUAUAUGUCUGUUAGUCCUAAGGCUGCACAGGCAGUAGCAGCGACAGGAAUAGUGACUGGUCUGGUAAUUACAGGACUAGUCGCUCUAGACGUCCUUGAUAACUUUGAAACUGUCAAACAGAAUGCUUACGAGGCAAGAAUAGACAAGAUAACCGAAGAAAAAGUAAGGAAAACAUUACAAAAGACAUACGCAGAAAGAUUCACACACGUCGUCCAGAGUUAUCUUGAAGGAGAUUUAAAAAAAGAAAUUGAAAUUUUAUCGGAGAGUGUUGACUCAACGAAAGGCAAGAUAAAUUUUUACAGAAAGGAAGAGUCGAGCUUGCUUUCUCUAAGCUCGGAAAUUUCAGAAAUUCGAAACAGAUUGGAAGAAAUAGAAAAGUUAGAAAUCAUACUUGUGUGA